AUGCAAACACGAGCUGAGGAAGAAAAGAGUCAAAAGAGCGAAAAGAGCUGCAAGACAAGUUCCUGCACGCACGCAUAUUUACCAUCGUUUACCAUCUAAUGCAAACGGCAUAAAGGCAAAGAGACAGAGACGCUAAUCACCGCAAGACGGAGCAGAUUUAAUUGGACUCGACUGGCGUUGUCUACAUUGUCCUAUAGAUCUGAAGAAAACCACCAAGCAAUGGACAGUCCAAGAGAGGAAGGGAGUAUUCCUGCUCUACUCCGGCCUAGGAAAUCCCGUAAAAGAGAGAAGGAUCAGGUAUCAAGCCCUGCAAAGAACAAUGACCGUAAGCGAAGGGCGAGUUCAAAGCCAGCUGCUAAGAAGCCAAAAUUUUCUAAAUUCACGACAUCCCCUUGCAAAGAUUGCGGCGCCAAUCCCUCGACUGCAGCCUGCGUUACUGCCCCUGACGCCAACUACAUCGACGAACCCAUUUUGCUCACAGACGAGUCUUUGCAGUCGGCGGAUUCGGAGCAUGAUGAAUCCAAUGGGUUGCCAAUUCUUGAGGUCUAUGACGCUAAGUUCUUCUGCAAGGACAACCACUUGUGCAGCAUUGACUCAAAUUUGGUCGAAACCGAUAAAGAUCUAUUCAUGGCUGGUACUAUCAGAGCAGUUGGAAAUUCGUCAGCAGGCAUCAUUUGCCAAAAAUCCUCCACAAUCAGUGAGUGGUGUAUCUCUGGCUUCGGCACAGCCCAUGUCAAUCUAUUGGUGGUGUCUGAAUUUGCUAACUACAAAGUGAUGAGUGUGGCCAAGGAGUAUGAACCGUUCUUCUCGAACCUGCUGAAUAUGUUCCACUGUGCCAAUCACCUCAUUAAAAACAUGAUGGAGAGCAACGAUGCAACCCUUGACGAAGUUCUCUCGGAUUUCUCGACUUUGGACAAUCCGCUGUUGACCAUUCCCACGCUGGAAGAUUUGGUUAACUACGCGCAGUUCAUUCACGACCAUGUCACCGCAUUUUUCCAAUAUCCUAAUGAGGAUGGUACCAAUGACGCGCACCUCCUCUUACUCUCAUUCUACCGGGAGUUCUGCGACCUGGCCAAUCUAGACGCGCGCAAAAAGGAGAAAGGCACUAAAGUGCACAUCAAGAAGUCCAAGGUCCCAAGCAUCACUAAAGCCACAACCACACCAAUUGUCAACCAAGCUUUUUCGCAUGUCUUCGAGGAGCAUAUGAACAUUGUUGGCAAAAGCGUUGACCAUGGUAAAGGAACUAGUGAAGAGUUUUCAGAAAAAAUCAGCGAAUUUGAGGCACUGCCAGCCAAAGGAAGGAAAUACGUUGCUGGAGCUACCCUUGGCAAAUUGAACACUAACCUCGACUACAUCAGACACAUUGAAAUCGACCAAAGAUCUGACAGUAUCACCGUAGAGGCUGGAACCUUCAUCAGGUUCUCCUGCCCCAGUAAACUAGUAGUGACUGGCCGCAAGCUGGAAACACCAUACUUUGGCCAAGUGCAGUAUUUGGUCAAAGCAAGAGAUGGAGCUGGCGUUGAAGGUCACUGUCACGUGCGCCUCUUCAUGCAGUGCCACGAGUCUAUCUUGGAGACGAUGGCCGACAAGAGAGAGGUUUUUGGCACCAUCUCCUGUAUUGAUGUUCCGUUUAAGGACAUCCAGUGCACACUGCCAAUCCUGUAUUGGUUAGAGUACGAGAAGAAAGCAGCUCCACAUCAAUUCUUCUACAAAAUGUUCCACGAACUUGAUAGUGGAGCCUUCAUCAGCUUGCCUACCCCGAAGGACGUGGCUGAGAAGAGAGGCUGUGUGUGCUGUGACAAAAUGGAAGCUGAAAAGCUGAAAAACCUGGUCCAGCCUCUUGAAGGGCCUGUAAAAGGGUUCCACUACCUUGGUGAUGUAUUCUGCACUGACUCGUUUGUGUUAAUUCCAAGCUUGGAGGAUGAGAAGCCUAAAACUCCUCCAAAGAAGACAACAAAACUGGACUCAUCAGUAUACACGGAAGCGUUUAGGAAAGAAAAGACCAGAGCGCCCGAGGUGCAUUACCAUCCUCUUGAUGUGUGUCAAAUCGUUGCUGUGACCACUGAUAUGAAACGUCAAACCUCAAUCGAGCCUUCCAAAGUGACGUUGAAAGUAAGGCUGUUUCGGAGGGCGGCUCAGACAAAAUUGAAGGAAACUGAGAAGAUGUCGCACCAUCUCCUCUUCCACACUGACCGCGUGUUUGAAAUCACGGCUAAUGACAUUCUUGGCGUCGCUUACGUGGCUUACGAAAGUUUUAUCAAGAAAAAGAAAGAGGACUGGCUCAAUGCAGGUGAAAAGCGAUUCUACUUCAAUUCUGCUUACAACAAGUGCACCCUGAGCAACAACUUGCCAUUUCAAGCAAAGCAGUGCCAAGGAGCUGUGGAGCUAAAGACUGGCUUAAGCACUGCCCCUCCUGACCACGUGGAGCCGGCAAAGCGGCUGAAAACCCUUGACGUGUUUUCAGGCUGCGGUGGCCUGUCGGCUGGUCUGCAUUCUGGCGGCCUGACUGACAGCCGGUGGGCUUGCGAAGUCGACACCGACGCUGCUGAUGCCUUCAGGAAGAAUUUUCCUGAGGCAACUGUAUUCAACCAAGACAUCAAUGCUUGGUUGGAAGACAUUAUUGAGGGAAAAGAGAUUAAUAGCCUUGGCCAGCGGUACCCAAAGGUUGGCGAGGUCGACAUGCUAAUAGGGGGACCGCCUUGCCAAGGUUUUUCUUCGAUGAACCGGUACAACACGGGCAUUGCAGCCCGGUUCAAAAACUCUUUGGUGGCCAGUUACUUCAGCAUUGUCGAGCAGUUCAAGCCUCGAUUUUUUUUGUUCGAGAAUGUUAAAAAUUUCUCACAGACGAACCAAGGGCUGUAUUUAAAGACAGCCCUUGCCUGCUGUCUGCAGCUGGGCUACCAGUUCCGUUACGCAGUGCUCCAAGCAGGCAACUUUGGUGCUCCCCAGUGUCGUCUUCGGACUGUUAUCAUUGGUGCCAAAAUUGGAGAGCAGCUGCCUCUGCUGCCCAAGGUGCAGCACACUUUGGAUUUGCCCGCCUACACCUUGGCUAUCAAUGGAAGACAAAUUGUCGAUGGUACUACAUAUGGCAGGCUUGGGGAGGAAACAUACAAGUCUGCGCCAUUCAGGGCAGUGAACGUUCACGAUGCCAUUGCAGACCUCCCUGACAUCCCUUGUGGUGAGACGGACGAGGCUCCCAAGUAUUUGCCCAUAUGUUCUUCCUACCAACAUAUGAUGCGGAAAAGGAGCAAAGAUUUAAAGGACCAUACGACCAGGAACCUGUCGACCCUUGACAAAAAACGGGUUCAGCUCAUCCCACCUGAAGGAGACUGGAGGGACCUGCCGAACUCCAGGGUGAAGCUCGAGGAUGGCGUUACCACUGUUCCUUUAUGUUACAUGAUUAAGAAUGGAAGGCGCGGAGUGUGCCCGUGUAAUUUAGUGGCCAAAGGAGAGGAAAAAAAAGUGGUAUGCGUGAAACCCGAGAAGGGCAGCAAAACGAUUGUGCCGUGGUGCCUGCCGCACACCGCAGACAGACAUGCCCACUGGGCCGGCCUCUACGGGAGGGUCAGCCUCGCAGGUCAAUUCAAAACGACGGUGACCGUCCCCGAGCCAAUGGGGAAACAGGGUAAGGUGUUGCACGCCCAUUUCAACCGAUGCUUCUCGGUCAGAGAAUUGGCGCGCUCGCAGAGCAUCCCGGACCACUUCGAGCUCAGUGGCUCGAUGGAGAACCGGUACCGCCAGGUGGGCAACGCUGUGCCUCCCCUUCUUGCUGCAGCCAUUGCACGAAUGUUCAGAGUGUGAGUGUGGAUGCUGGUGUCUUGAGCAUCAGAGUGAUAAAAUUGUGAGGUGGAUUUGUGGUAACUUGCCGUCUAAAAACACUUAAAAUGUUGGUCUUUUCCUGAUUUUACUAAUUUGAACCAAACUUGAAUAUACACCGACUUGUGUCCAUUGGUGGCAACCUCCUAUUAUUUGUUUUGUAUAUAUUUAAUUCUUAUUGCUGUAAAUGUAUGUGUAAACUUGUGUUCUGCAUUGGAAAUGUUUAAAAUUUGAAUUGUUACUUUAUUGUAGAAUUUCUGCUAAUUGGUCUCAAAUCAUAUUAAAGAAAUUUGUUUAUAA